ACUGGAAGAGAUACUAAAGUAAAGCUGUUUUGAAAGACGUUAAAGAAGAAAGACAAAUAACUGACUCUGGGAGAUUAUUCCAAUCAGCAAUAGUUGAAAAAACAAAAGAAGAAUGCACCGUUUGCGGAGAAAAACCAUCAACAGAAGAUGGAAUGCGAACAUAUUUAGAGUGAUGAAGACGUAAAGAUGAGUAGUGAGGACGAUGAAUAGUACCUUUUCCCCUACGUGCCUAGUGUUGCAAAUGAAAAUUUAAAACAGAAUCUAUGUCUAUGCUAUAAAACGCAUAAAAACAUAAAAUACAUUGUUGAUAACAUGUAAAAAAAUGAAAUAUUAUCAUUCAUUAUUUCGCUUUAAUAAAAUCAAGUUUGAAUACAAAAAGGAGAAAAUGAUAGUCUAGCCGGCAUGGCAGUUAUUCAAGAAUCAAUUUUCUGGCUGGCUUGAACAUAUUAUUUUAAUGUUUUUAACGGCGUUUUCGUUGUUUUCUUGUUCAUACUUUAUCUGAAAAUGAAACAAACAAUCGAUCGUAGUAGUGAUACCAUAGUCCUCCUAAAAGCACGUAACAUCAAAAUGCAGAGAAUUAUCUAGAUGUGACAGUACGCGAACUCUGUGUUCUGUGUACACAUACUACGAUUCUGUGUAUAUUAUACUACGAUAAGAAAACCGUGUGAAAAAAAAGUUGAUAACAAAAACGUUUAGGUGACGCUUUAUCAUAUCAUGAUGUCACAGAAAAAUGUAUCAUUCAAUGCGCUAAAGGCGUGAUAAUCAGCGAAGAAUUUGUGGCAUUGCCAGGAAUAACGUAAUUCUUAUUCUUGUGUGACUUUCUCACGAGUAUUGAAUCCAUAAUGAUAUCGUGAGACUUUGUAUGGCACUCACGUAGAGUAGUAUAAUGAUAAGCAUUACUUUAGUCAAAUCAAUCUCCAAUAGCAAACCACUAUUUCUUUAGUUUUACUUUUUCAAGUUUUUACAUUUAGAAACAUCAGAUUUAUAGAAUUUGUGUAGAAAUCGAGCUCUGUAAUAACGUUGUUACAAUGCAUAGGUAUCUUAAAUCAUGCAGCAAUGCUAGAUAACAGGUAGAAUGAUUUGAUCGAUUUUAUUUAUCUUCUCAAUAUAAUAAGGUUGUUACUCUUGCUAACUAAUAUAAUAGCAUAUGUGUUUAUUUAUUAAUUUAUCUGUUAAAUCAGAUUCUUUCAGAAGUGAAAAUGAAAUACUCAUACGAUAAAAGAUUUUGUGAUAUUGUAUUAGUAUAUUUGUAGAUGUUACCGUAUGCUUUCUGCUAUCUUUUGCGUCUGCUAAAUUUCUCAAGCUUCAAUUCAGUCGCAGCAGGAGAGUUUUUAGAAGUUUUUAGUUAGUUGUUAGUCCUGUGGGAAUUAGGUAUAUGUUCUUUGUUUGUCAUCAUUAUAGAUCAGAAACAAAAGCCGCAUAUGAUUAUGAAGAAAAAACUGUUGCUGCAUGCUGAAUAACAUUCAACACGACGGUUAACAUAAAGUAUGUACAUUUUUGCUCAUAAAAGUGUUAUGUAUUUAAAGUCUGGUAAUAAUAUCUCAACAUUUUUAUGUUUAAUUUCGAAUGGGUUAAACAUGGAACCACGAACAAGUCUAACACUAUGUUUCUUACAACUAUAAUACUCAGAUUAAUCGUUUAAGUACGACAUUGUUCAAAGGCUGUACAUUAUGGUUCUUUCUAUAAUUGUUUUUCUAGAGCAAAGCUACAUUUAUCAUUCAAAAAAGCUCAUGAAAAAAAACAUGAACUGGGUAAACGACGUAAUAAAGCUAUGAUUGACAGCUAUUGAUUUUGUUUGACAUAAAAUGGAAUGAAAGGUAGAGCUAGAUCAAGAUAUCAAUUGUAGUUAUGCUCAAUUUUUAUUUUUAUUUUGUCUAAAUAACUGCUACUGUUUUUUAAUGUCGGUGAAAGAGAUAUAAAAAUUUGAAAAUAUUUGAUCGCUUUUGGUGCUAAGUUAUUUCUCAUUGCUUAUUUUAAUAAGUCCCUUAUAUCGUUAAAAAGUAAGAACAUUAAUAUAAGGCAAGAAAUUCAGAAUUUUGUUGCUAUUUACGACUUUAUAUUAUUAUUUUGGUUUUUAAAAUACUAUUUGCUUGGUAGUCAUUAUAUCAUAACAUCCUGCAUAGAUUAAUUGUAUUCAUUGUUUUGCUUUAACUUUAAUCAUAGAUCACUGUAUUUAAUGAUUAUUAUUUUUGAUUCUUUGUUUUCUAGUUAUAUCGUUUAAGUCUACCCUUUUAUCGUCUUUGUCGAUCGUGUUUUCCAAUGAUGGCUAUUCAAUUAAAACGUGACGCAUGUUCAAUAUGUUUGUUGUUUUCGGUUGUUUUAUUUCUCACAUUUGCGUAUUUACAUCUCAAUGAUUCACUCAAUGGUCAACAAACACCGUUCACAAUGACAUUACCAGACAAAUCACCAAUGUGGUAUCAGCAACACUGUUUUAAUACUGAGUCACCGUUACUAUUAGAAAAUCUAUAUACAUAUAUCUCACAAACACGAAAAUCUUCGAUAGAAGCAUGUAGACAGUUGGCAAAUAAGUUUGAUUCGAUCUUUCGUUUGGAUGAAAUAUAUGGUUCGUUGAAAUUAUCACCAAUUUAUUUGAAAAAGGUUAAAAAAUGGUUAAAUAAUGAUGAGCAAUUAAUUACACAAAUUAGAAAGCAAAAAAUACUUAAAGUAUAUAAUCGUUAUACACAUGAAGAAAUGAUUUAUAAUUCCAUUCGUGGCAAACGUCCGCAAUCAACGAGUGAACUAUCACCAGAAAACUAUACAUUCAAACUGAUGAAAGAUACAAUGAAAAAUUGUGAUUUUUGUGGAAAAAAUUAUUUAAAUUCAACUGCUGAAGAUUCAUUUGGUCGUUUAGAACGUACAUUAUCAUACACUGCUGCAAACACGUUUAAAUAUGAUCGGUGGCAUACAUUGAUUGUGAGUCGUAAUCAUGAUACAUUACGUUUGACAAAAGAUGAAUUAGAAGAUAUGUUUGAAUUAUGCAAAGAAUGGUUUAAAAAAGCUCAUAAUCUUGAACGUGAAUAUUCGUAUCCAGAAAUGAUAUGGGAUGCUAUGCCAAAAUCGGGUGCUAGUCAGAUACAUACACAUCUUCAAGUUAGUUUGGGUAAAGAUUCAUAUUAUGGGACAAUUGAACGAACAAGACAAGCCUCAAAACAAUAUGCAAAAGAUCAUCCGCAUAAAAAUUAUUUCAAUGAUUAUUUACAAACACCGUUGAAAGAUUUGGAACUGAUGAUUAUAGGUGAACAAUUGAGUAAACAUUUUUAUCGUGCUAUUCAUCUCGUAUUUAGAUCAUUUAUUGAUGAUAUGAAUGAAUAUAGUUUCAGUUUUGGAAUGUAUUUACCUCCCAUGGAUGAAACAUCUAUUCGUGACAUGUCCGUUCUGUGUCGUAUUGUAUUUCGUAAUCCGGUAACAAAUCUUCGAUCUGAUAUGAAUGGACUUGAUUUAUACACAAGUUCUGUUGUUGGUAAAGAUCGUUACGUAUUAUUUCGAAAAUUAAAAUCAAGUAUUGAAAAGCGUUUGUACAAUCAAUGA